AUGAGUUCCCAGAGAGAGGACUCGAUUCCUCAUGAGCUGCGCACGGCUGCAGAGCCCCGGCAAAAUAGACUGCACCCAGUGCGAUUAUCACACGUCGAGCAGGUCAACCCCUCUGUUCGGCUCCUACAGUUCACUCUGACUCCCCAAGAGAAUAAUGAUAACGGUCAACAGCCAUUCAGCUUCCUCCCUGGCCAAUGGCUUGAUGUCCAUAUUCCCUCCAACACCCAAGCCGGGGGCUUCACUAUCACCUCCACCCCGGCAGAUGCGGAGGUGCUGCCGUCGCCAGAGGCUUCUAUAGACUCAUUAGCUGGCGAAGCGCUAGAACCAUCCUCAGAAUCUCAAGGGCGACCACCAUAUGUAGAGUUGGCUGUACAAGACUCGCCGAAUAACCCAUCCGCCGCAUGGCUGUGGAGACCAAAAGAAGAGAUUCUCGGCAAGGAGCUGAGCAUCCGAGUUGGCGGAAGCUUCACCUGGCCUCCCACUGGAGUCGAUGUUAAUGAUGUUAAGAAUGUGGUCUUCGUUGCUGGUGGUGUUGGCAUCAAUCCUCUGAUAUCCAUGCUCUCCCACCUAAACAACAACGAACCCCACACCCCCAACCCAACAACCAUCCACAUCCUAUACUCCAGCCGCCUACCGCAAAUCCAGGGAACAGCCUCGGCAGACUCAAUACUAGGCCAGAUCCUGUUUCUCCCACGUCUGCGCCAGAUAGUCCGAUCUCAAGAAAGUUCGCACCGGCUGCGGAUCUCGCUGGACCUUUUCCUUACGGACUUGGUCUCGUCGCCUGAUCUCCUCUCAUCUGGGUCUCCCUCUGAUCUCAAGAUCCACCGAGAGAGGAUAUCUGAUCGUGAUCUGCGCUCUGCGGCUGUGGGUAUUGACGGUGAGGUGGAUCCUCGGAGCACAGUGUGCUAUGUAUGUGGACCGCCUGCUAUGACUGAUUCCAUUGUGGAGAAGUUGGUUGGGAUUCUAGGGGAUGGUGGGGAGCAACGAGUUUUCUUUGAGAAAUGGUGGUGA